AUGGUUGCCUGGGGAAAACAGCACUGCUGUGUUGGCAGAAUACAGGACAUUUUCUUGAGAUUCAGGAUUGUUCAAGUAGUCCUUUUACUUCAGUUGUUCCUGGCUACAGCAGGCAAAGAUCAGGAGGAUUUCCUAGGGCGAUACAAAGCUGUCUUUAAGACUCCAUGUGAAGAUCCUUGGAUUAUGUCAUCAAGAAUCUCUCUGCGUCCCUUGAAAGAAUUCCUUGUCUGUGUGCACCUCAAGCUGUAUUCGUCAAAUAGUCCGUGGAUAGCAUAUGUAUACACUCAAGAAGCACUUCAUGCCAAUCUCUCUUCAAAUAAGUAUGAUCUUGGACUUACAGGAGAUCAUAGUAAGUUGAGGAUAUGGUUGUUUGGAAAUCAAAUAAAUACAACAGCAAGACUUCAUAGAAACACUUGGAACCGAAUCUGUAUCCAGUGGAAAAGUGACGAUGAGGAGAUGAAGGUAUUCAUAAAUGGAAUUAAAAAAUUCAACAAAAGACUAAAUGGGAAAGUUACUUUACCUGGAAAAGGCCAGUUCUUACUUGGCUGUUCAAAGCUGCGCAGUACAGCUGCGUCACCUCACCUGGGUAUGACUGGAGAACUGUACCUGUUCAGAAUGUGGGACAAAGCAAAUAUAACACAAUCUCAGGACUGCCAGGAUAGUGGUGUUAUACGCUGGAGAAAGGAGGAUUGGACCUAUAACAUGACAGUAGAAGAGGAUGACACUUUGCCGUGUGUUGACACUACUGCUACGCUGCCUGGCAGAAAACAGAUAACAGAUUCAGGAGAAUCAGCUGCAACAACCAUUUCUGAUAUGUUUUCAGAGGAGACUACAGAAACUGCAGAAGCUUUUAAACCCACUGAUUUUUACUCCACCGUAGCACCAGCAGGAGAAACCAUUGUAUGCAACAAAACACCUGUCUGUAAUUAUUCAGUGUUCUAUGUGGGCAAGGUAAAACUUCAGGCAAGUGAAGAAAGCAACACGUCACUAAAUGUAGAAAUAAUUAAUAACAUAACCAGCAAACAAGUUGGAAAGUUAAUUGCAAUUCCAGCACAUACCCCACAAGCACUGAGCAUUUCAGAGUUCAACAAAACCUUGCAAGCCAUAAGCGAGUCCUCUGUUAUGGCAUGCAGUGCAGAAAACCAGAGUAUACACUGCAAUUUCAUAAUGAAGCUGGCUGAGAGACAGAAUAUAAGCAGUUUAACAGACAAAGCUGACAUAAGCCAAAUGGAUCAGUGCUGCUGUUCAUCACCAAAAUAUUGUUCCUUGCCUGCUGAUGAAUUACAAAUGUAUAUUAUACAAGUGCCACCUCAUUCUAUAUGGGUUCCUUUCUCUCAUUCACCUUCUCGUCCUAAAAAGACUUCCCCCAAAUCUAAUGCUUUUAUUUCCCCCACUGUGCUUUCUGCUAAACAAAGCCCCACAAUUAGACCACUGAUCCCACCAUUCACAGAAAUUUCUUCUUCUGAAACUCUUUCCAGAUCUCCCAUUACAAACCCUCUCUCUGAAAUUUCUGUGUCUUCCACCAGUGUUACCACUACACCUUUCUCUUCUGAGCCUUUUGUUCAGCUCACCAUGUCAACUUUUUCUUCCGUAGCUUCUAAUAAACCAGUCACUUUUUCCACACCUGUAACAAAACCUGUCACUAUUGCUGCUUUCUCAAUUAAACCUGAAUCUGCACACCUUAACAGGCCUGAACAUUCUACACUUUCCUCUUCUGAGCUUCCCCACAAACUUCCAAAUGCAAAUCCCCCCUUUCAGACUAUCACCAAAUCUAUUUCACAAAUUCAUCCUGUUAUAUCUCAGCCUACUUCUGGUAACAGAAGUAUUACUACAGUACCUAUUUUUCCCGUUUCUGCUUUCACAAUAUCUUCGACGCCUACUGUUAGUCCUGUCAACUAUUCUGUCUCAGCUUCUCAUCCUCAUUCUACUGCUGAUGGCCAUGGCAACACAGGAAAAACUCUGUCAACUACCACAAACACAACUGUACACACCACCAUUAAUACCACCACAGCUGAGCAAAUUGUGUCCAAAAUCGAAAAUGAUAUAGCAGCUGGAAAAGUAGAGAAAAAAGAUGUAGAAAAGAUGGUUAGUGAAGUUAGCAGAGUCCUGACUGCUGCUCAGUUGUUACCACCCCGGAUUUCUAACAGAAUUAUAAAACUGGUGGAUUAUAUUGGCUUAAAACUGAACUUCUCAGCAUCAUCUGCUGAAUUUGUCUCCCCUUCCUUGGCUCUGGCAGUUGUCAAAACCAAUAGCAUCCGCUCCAACCAAAUGUCUUUUGCUGUCCAGGACUCACCUGAUUUCCAGAUCUCUCUAGGAAUUCCUGCAAUUCAUAAUUUAAAUAAUCUUGGAUCAAUUAUACUUCCUUCAUCCUUGAUGGCAAAUAUACCUCAUGAAGAGUUACACUUGGCUUCUCGAAUUAUAUUCAACUUCUUUAAAAAGACCACUGUGUUCCAGGACCUGUCCUUGAAGAAUGCAUCUUUGAUCAGCAGUGUUAUAUCAUCAAGUGUUGCUAACCUCACAAUUAGCAACUUAAAGGAAAAUGUGACUGUCACUUUACAGAAUAUCAGACCUAAUCAGGAGAAUGCAACAGUUAGAUGUGUUUUUUGGGACUUUCAUAAAAAUGGUGGACAUGGAGGAUGGUCAUACGAAGGUUGCACAGUUAAAGAAAGCAGAGUAAAUGAAACAGUCUGUUCAUGUAAUCACCUCACAAGUUUUGCAGUUUUGAUGAACUUGUAUGGAAAUACUCCUUUGAAUCCCACGCAAGAAUUGGUACUGACUUUUAUAUCUUAUAUAGGCUGUGGCCUCUCUGCAAUUUUUCUUUCUGUUACUCUUGUGACCUACAUAGCCUUUGAGAAAAUCCGGAGAGACUACCCCUCCAAAAUACUUAUUCAGCUGUGUGCUGCAUUACUUCUGCUCAACUUAGUUUUCCUCCUGGACUCAUGGAUUGCACUGUAUGAUACACGAGGCCUGUGCAUUGCAGUUGCUGUAUUUCUUCACUAUUUCCUCUUGGUUUCCUUCACCUGGAUGGGCCUGGAAGCUUUCCACAUGUAUCUGGCACUUGUGAAAGUCUUUAAUACUUAUGUACGGAAAUACAUUCUUAAAUUUUGUGUUGUUGGUUGGGGGUUACCAGCAGUAGUUGUGUCCAUUGUGUUGGCAGUAUCACCAGAUAAUUACGGACUUAUAACCACUGGAAAGGUUUCAAUAAAUGGACCUGAUGAAUUCUGCUGGAUUAAAAAUAGAAUUGUCUUCUAUAUUACUGCUGUGGGAUACUUCUGUGUGAUAUUCCUGAUCAAUAUCAGCAUGUUCAUUGUUGUGCUGAUCCAGCUCUGUCGCAUCAAAAAGAAAAAACAACUUGGUGCUCAAAGGAAAACCAGUAUUCAAGACCUUAGGAGUGUUGCUGGCCUCACAUUCUUGUUGGGAAUUACUUGGGGCUUUGCUUUCUUCACAGUAAAUGAGGUAUUUACUUACCUCUUUACCAUUUUCAACACUUUGCAAGGGUUCUUCAUUUUCAUCUUCUAUUGUGUAACAAAGGAGAAUGUCCGUAAACAGUGGAGAAGGUAUCUCUGUUGUGGGAAAUUCAGGCUGGCUGAAAACUCUGACUGGAGUAGAACUGCUACUAAUGGUUUAAAGAAGCAGACUGUAAAUCAAGGAGUAUCCAGUUCUUCCAAUUCCUUACAGUCAAACAGUAACUCCACUAACUCUACAACACUGCUAAUGAAUAAUGAUUAUUCAGUGCAUGCAAAUGGAAAUGGUCAUCUUUCCAGUGAGAAGAAUGGUGUUUCUUUCAGUGUACAGAAUGGCGAUGUGUGUCUCCAUGACUUUUCAGGCAAACAACUUGUAUUUCAAGACAAGGAUGAUACAGGCAGCCAAAAAAGCCACAUCUCACUCAGAAGGACUUCAAAGAGAGGAAGUGUAACUUCUAUGGAGAAAAUGUGAUUUCCUUUUAAACAGCACAUUGUUUCACAGUGUGAAGUAGAGUUUUACUUUAACAGUUCUACAUAAUGUGAGCAGACCAAGAACUGAUUUUAUUUAAUAUAUGGUACUGGAACUUCAAGGCAGCCAUGCAAUGGAUUGACAAGGACAAUUACUAGAAUAAAAAAAAUGAAGCUACUACUUUGACAAGGUUGUGGACGUCAGAUUACAGCUGGUACAUUUCCAUUUUGAUUCUUCAUCAGA